AUCUUAUCCUUUCCCAUUCCCUCCUGCUCGAUUCCUCCCUGCUUCCCCCCUCGGCCCUCGUCUCUCUCCCGCGCGGCCGCCGCCCGCGCUACCCGCUCUCUCCUGCCGCUUCUGAGCACUGGGGCGGCGGAGCGCGACGCCGCACCGGUCUCCUUUGCAUCCAACCAAGCAAACCCAAACCAGCAUGAAGAAGAAAGCCACGGCAUUUUGCGACAGGUUUUGAACUCCCGGCCCCGUUUCCAUGACGACGCCUCCGCUCUCCACCAUUUCCACCCACCACCGCGCCCCGCCGCCAUGGCCGCCUCCCAAGAACGCCACCAACCCACGGAUGAAGAUCCGGUGCGGCGUGCUCGCGCCGCCGGCCGGUCAAGCCCUGCAGACGGCCGCUGCUGCUCCAGGUCCAAGGAGCACCAGUUGCCCGCCCAACCGGGUCCCGAGCUCCGACGUGAACCUGCAAAUUCAGCGCCUCUGUCGGGCGGGCGACCUCGCGGAGGCCGUGAGGCUGCUGGGCUCCGACGGCGUUGAUGUGCGGGGCUACUGCGCGGCCAUCCAGCUCUGCGGGGAGGAGAGGUCUCUGGAGGCUGGGAGGAGAGCGCAUGCCGUGGUGCGCGCAUCUGGUGGUGGAACGGGUGGGAUUGGGAGCGUUCUCGGGAAGAGGCUAGUGCUAAUGUACCUCAAAUGCGGCGACCUGGGGAGUGCGAGAGGGGUGUUUGAUGAAAUGCCACCUCAGGUCGCCAAUGUCCGUGUCUGGACUUCGCUGAUGAGCGCGUACGCGAAGGCUGGUGACUUCGGAGAAGGCGUUCUGCUGUUUAGGCAGAUGCACUGCUGUGGGGUUGGUCCGGAUGCGCACGCCGUUUCCUGUGUUCUGAAGUGCAUUGCCAGUUUGGGCAGCAUCAUGGACGGCGAGGUGGUUCAUGGGUUACUUGAAAAGUUGGGUCUUGGGGCAGAAUGUGCGGUUGCUAAUGCUCUCAUCGCGUUGUACUCAAGGUGUGGCUGGAUGGAGGAUGCGAUGCAGGUAUUUGAGAGUAUGCAUCCCCGAGAUGCCAUUUCUUGGAAUUCCAUGAUUAGCGGUUGCUUUUCAAAUGGAUGGCAUGGAAGGGCUGUUGAUCUUUUCAGCAAAAUGUGGUCUGAGGGUUUGGAGAUCAGUUCGGUGACAAUGGUCAGUGUUUUGCCUGCUUGUGCGGAGUUAGGCUAUGAUCUUGUUGGGAAAGUCGUGCAUGGAUACUCUGUGAAAUCUGGAUUGCUCUGGGAGCUUCAAUCUUUAGAGGGAGGAAUAGAUGAUGUUCUUGGAUCCAAACUGGUAUUCUUGCAUGUGAAAUGUGGUGAUAUGGCCUCUGCAAGAAGGGUGUUUGAUGUGAUGUCAUCAAAAAGUAACUUGCAUGUGUGGAAUCUGUUAAUCGGUGGCUAUGCAAAGGCUGGUGAAUUUCAAGAAAGCCUCUUACUUUUUGAGCAAAUGCAUGGGCUUGGCAUUACCCCAGAUGAACACACCAUUUCGUGCCUUCUGAAGUGUAUCACUAGUUUGUCUCGUGUCAGGGAUGGCUUGGUGGCUCAUGGGUAUCUCAUAAAGUUGGGUUUUGGGGCACAGUGUGCAGUUUGCAACGCACUGAUAUCGUUCUAUGGAAAAUCAAACAGGAUUGAGGAUGCACUCGAGGUGUUUGAUGGAAUGCUUCAUCAGGAUAUCAUUUCUUGGAAUUCAAUAAUUAGCGGAUGCACUUCCAAUGGCUUAAAGAACGAAGCUAUUCAGCUGUUCGUAACAAUGUGGAUACAAGGACAGAAGCUGGACUCAGCUACGUUGCUAAGUGUUUUGCCAGCAUGUUCUCAGUCACGCUAUUGGUUUUUAGGAAGGGGGCUUCACGGCUAUUCGGUGAAAACAGGAUUGAUUGGGGAGACAUCUCUUGCUAAUGCUCUCAUUGAUAUGUACUCAAAUUGCUCAGAUUGGCAUAGCACAAAUCAGAUAUUCAGAAGCAUGGAUCAGAAAAACGUGGUGUCAUGGACAGCAAUGAUCACGAGUUAUACCAGGGCUGGGCUGUUUGACAAAGUGGCUGGUUUACUUGAAGAGAUGGUAUUAGAUGGUAUCAGGCCGGAUGUCUUUGCAGUCACCAGUGCCCUUCAUGCAUUUGCUGGUGAUGAAUCCUUGAAACAAGGCAAAUCUGUCCAUGGAUAUGCCAUCAGAAAUGGAAUGGAGAAACUUCUUCCUGUUGCCAAUGCACUUAUGGAAAUGUAUGUGAGAUGCGGGAAUAUCGAAGAAGCACGGUUGAUUUUUGAUCAUGUGACGAAUAAGGAUAUUAUCUCAUGGAAUACACUGAUAGGAGGCUACUCCAGAAAUAACCUUGCCAAUGAAUCCUUCAUUUUGUUCAGUGACAUGCUGCUACAAUUCAAACCUAAUGCAGUGACCAUGACCUGCAUCCUUCCUGCUGCUGCAAGCCUUUCAUCCUUGGAACGGGGCAGGGAGAUACAUGCUUAUGCACUACGAAGAGGAUAUCUGGAAGACAGUUAUACAUCCAAUGCGUUGGUAGACAUGUAUGUUAAGUGUGGUGCGUUACGGGUAGCUCGACUUUUGUUUGACCGGUUGACUAAGAAGAACCUCAUAUCUUGGACCAUCAUGAUAGCUGGAUAUGGCAUGCAUGGUUGUGGAAGAGAUGCCAUUGCCCUCUUUGAAGAGAUGAAAAGCAGUGGUGUUGAGCCAGAUUCAGCCUCUUUCAGUGCCAUACUGUAUGCUUGCUGUCAUUCAGGUCUUAGAAACGAGGCAUGGAGAUUCUUCAAUGCUAUGCGAAAUGAACACAAGAUAGAGCCCAAAUUGAAGCACUAUGCCUGCAUCGUUGACCUGCUCAGCCAUACCGGAAAUCUGAAGGAGGCUUUUGAGUUGAUUGAGUCAAUGCCAAUUGGACCAGAUUCAAGCAUCUGGGUCUCAUUGCUUUAUGGAUGUAGAAUUCACAGGGAUGUCAAGUUUGCAGAGAAGGUGGCAGACAGGGUAUUCAAGCUGGAACCAGAGAACACAGGAUACUAUGUUCUUCUUGCCAACAUCUACGCUGAGGCUGAGAGAUGGGAGGCUGCCAAGAAGCUUAAAAUCAAGAUUGGCGGUCGAGGACUCCGUGAGAACACUGGCUGUAGUUGGAUUGAGGUCAGAGGCAAGGUUCAUGUCUUUGUCGCGGAUAACCGGAAUCACCCACAGGGGAGCAGGAUCGCAGGGUUCCUGGAUGAUGUUACCACAAGGAUGAAAGAAGGCCAUGAUCCUAAGAAAAAGUAUGCUCUGAUGGGUGCCAACGAUGCGGUGCAUGACGAGGCACUUUGUGGGCACAGCUCGAAGCUCGCCAUCGCAUUCGGCGUGCUGAAUUUGUCAGAAGGGAGGCCAAUCCGCGUGACGAAGAACUCAAGGGUUUGUAGCCACUGCCAUGAGGCUGCCAAGUUCAUAUCCAAGAUGUGCAACAGAGAAAUCAUUUUGAGAGAUUCAAACAGGUUUCACCAUUUUGAAGGAGGCAGGUGUUCUUGCAGAGGGUACUGCUGAAAGAAACACCAAUCAUGUAUUCAUGUAACUAAAAUUUUGUCUGUUGAUAGCAGAGAGUACAUAUUUUGCUACUAGCCGCAUCACAUGAUCUUGCGUAUACAGUGAUUUGUCUUUACAAGUUUUAGAGGUGACAAUGGAAUGGUGUGGGAAGUUUCAUUUGAAAGAAACAA